UGAUGUGUGUGUGUGUGUGUGUGUGUGUGUGUGCACGCGCCCUCGUGAGCUAGGCAGAUGUUUACAGGUGUUGUGUAAGAACGGUGCUAAGCCUUGCGGACAUCACACUGUGUUUAGACCCCUGUGGUCCCGCGGUACAUGAACAUGAUGGGCGGGGCUUAGUUGGCUCCGCCCUCCCAUGCACUAUUGAUCCUCUUAUUUGUCCAUUUCAUUUUUUCUUUCCUCAAAGGUGGCUCACAGUUCUCGGUUUGUACGCUACGCUGUUUACACAGCACUGUGUUUUUUACCCUACCAGUUCACAGCAGCUCAAGGCUACUACAGCAGGGGGGAUUCGAACCAGGGACUCUCCAGCUCUAACCAUUGCACCACCUGCUGCUCCACAGCGGUUAAGGACACAGAGGCAGGGGCGACCCCUCAGGUGCCUUUGCUGACAUCACUCCCGGAUCAUCUGUGAGAGGGAGGGAUCAGCUUCCAGCGACAGCUUUACAUCAUAGUGUGACAUACCGAUGUGAAGAGUUCAGGUGGACACACACACACCUCAGCUACUGCAUUACAAGCUGAAGGUCAGGUGGAAGGCAGGGUCGCCUACCCACAGAGGACCCGUUUUCUCUCCUUCCUUCAGCGGAGGGGCCUUUCCGAGCCACAGAGGUACGAGGACAGCAGCCGAAAUGAGAGACACGGCCUGUUCCACUGCAUGCGGAGGACACCGACGCAGGAGGAGGGAGAAGAAGAGGAAGGUGACACGAUGACACCCCCACUCAGGAGCUGUGCGCCAGCGGUCAGGCAGGUUGGCAAGAAACGCAGUGCGGCCCCUGGGAGGAGCUGGAGCACCUUGUUGCUCAUCUCAUCUGUUGUCACCAUAUGAGGAGGAGGGUGUGACCCCUUUAGCCUGAACUACUCCGAUAAAAUGAGCCAGCUGUACAAAUGGGUAACGGCUAUGGCAUGACCCCAAGCACACCAUGUGCUGCUGCAGUGGCCCUGGAACCACUGAAAUUUGGACAAAUUGUGGACAACACUGCCGCCACGUGGAUCCCUUCGGCACUACAGCCACUGCAGUUCCACGCGUGUCGUGACAUGCAAAACUCAAGCACAGUGAGCUGUUUGCACACCUGUCGCUCUCUUCCUGUCCCUCUGCUCAGUGCCGCUCUGGAUGUUGAGCGCCUCGCCGUCCUCCAGCAGCCUGGUGUCCCGCGGCCCCCCGGCCUGCUGUCCAUCCAGCUUCUCAACUGUGCUGUUCUUCAGGGGAGGGAGUCCAUCAUGAGCCCUUCCGCUCAGAACUUCACCACAGAUCUCGCACCUACAGAGCCGCCCUUCGGCAACCACAGCGUGGGGAGCGGUGCGGUUCACUCCAGCACGCAGCGCCACGGAACCCGACCGGACUGGAUCCUGUACGCGGUGCCCGGCUCCGCCUUCCUGCUGGGGCUCUGCCUCUUCUCGCUGGCCCUCAGAGUGAACCGGCAACGGCAGAGAGAGGGGCCAAGAACAGCGGUGAGCGGAUGGUGCUUUUCCCCUCUGGUGUCCCCCGCAGCGAUCGAGCGGCACGCCUUCCAGAGACAGAGGAAGAUGCAGAGGCAGGCGGAGCACAGCUACUCCAACAACAGGGCAAACGGGUUCUGCUCCAGCAGCCGGGACACCAGCGUGGACGUCCUCAAGGCCAGGUCAGUGGAGACCAUCUCCUACGAGAACGUGGAAGCGGUCAUCUACUCGAACCAGCAGGGUUUCAGCUACCGCGUCGCAAUGGAUGACAAAGAUGACUACCUCACCCCGGACCACUGUGACGCCACCAACCCGCCGGACCGCCAAACCAACACCGAUGGAGAGUCCUACGAGAACAUGUACGCGCAGCCACGCAGGGCCACGGGCACCGGCAGCGCGGAAGAAGACGAUUAUGUCAACGCUGAGUCAGGCAAGCCGGCGGCACUGGAGGACUAUGAGAAGGAGGAGGAGGAGGACCAGGGGGACUACCUGUGCCCUGGAAAGGAAGACACAGACGGAGAGUCCUAUGAGGACAUGGACGGCACGGUAGCCCUGCGGAGAGCCCACGCGGUGACCUGUCACGAGGAAGAAGGUGAGAAAGAGCGAAGCUGCGCGCGCCCACGCGUUAAGAGAUACACACGGGUGUGCUCCUGCCUCCAGAUUCCUACGAGAGGAUGGACAGCGUCAAUCCAUGGAGCCUCGGAGGCGCUGACAGCGAGCAGCAUGCCAGGAGAGACAAGUGCGACUCGAGGAGGAGACUGUGAGCGGCAUGGGCAGGAGGCCGCAGUGGAUUGUGGGACCUCGUGUCAGACGGCUGCAUUUUCGCUUCUUGUUUUUUCUACUUUCACUGCUAAAAAGGAAAGGAAAAGGAGCAGUGUGUUAUAUAACGUUACUUUGAACAUGAGACGCUUAGCGAUAAUUCUUAUUCAAAAUAUGCAGACUGAUGUGCGUGUUAACAAUCCAUUUCUUGACGUGGGGCAGCAGGGGGCGUAGCGGCUCCUGCCGCUGGAAGGAGAGUUAAAUCCCACCUCCGGCUGCAGAACCCUGAUCCUGACACUCACCCUGCUCUAGAUGGGUAAAUCAGUGUAUGCUGCUUCUAGUCUUAAUUGUUGUCUUGGCACUGAGAUGAUUUUAAAGAGAAAUAUCUGAGAUGUGCAUUUAUAAGCGUUUUAAUGGAUUCAGUUCAAUAAAAGAAAAAGAAAUGAACCAAGACGCAGCCUUCAGACACCGUCCGUCCCACAAAGUAACUCAUGAAGAGGUUGAGCGUGGAGCGAAGCGCUUCCUCC